AUGCCUUGCGCUAAAUGCGAAAAGAAGUUAUGCAAGCUCGCUACGCCAGACACUAAGCGCGACGGCAACCGUUGCGCCGUGGGCGUGAACAAGCUCGUUGAGAAGCGUGUAAAAAAGGACAAGAUGGAGCCAAACAAGAAUCAGUGCAAGAAUUGCAAGGCCUUCCUACACAUCAAGGGCAAGUACUGCAACGUGUGCGCGUACAAGCAGGGAAGGUGCCAUCUGUGCGGUAAGAAGAUGGUCGACGUGUCCAGGCACCUGAUGUCUGUCGUAUGA